GGGCGAAGGGGGCCGGGGAGGGGUCGUGCUCCCUGCCUUGGCGCCCCCUGGGAGGGGCCACUCUGCCGCGGGUUCGGAUCCUGCCGUGCGGCCCCUGAUGCUGUCUCUCCCGCAGUGUUCCUGCGAUGCACCGGUGGGGAGGUCGGGGCCACUUCCGCUCUGGCCCCUAAAAUCGGCCCUUUGGGCUUGUCUCCCAAAAAGGUUGGUGAUGACAUCGCCAAGGCAACAGGUGACUGGAAGGGGCUGAGGAUUACCGUGAAACUCACGAUCCAGAACAGGCAAGCUCAGAUUGAGGUUGUCCCUUCUGCCUCUGCCCUGAUCAUCAAAGCCCUCAAGGAGCCUCCUCGGGACAGGAAGAAGCAGAAGAACAUUAAACACAGCGGCAGUGUCAGCUUCGAUGAGAUCGUGAACAUUGCACGCCAGAUGAGGCACAGGUCCUUGGCCCGCGAGCUCUCUGGAACCAUAAAGGAGAUUCUAGGAACUGCUCAGUCUGUUGGCUGCAGUAUUGAUGGCAGACAUCCUCAUGAUGUCAUUGAUGACAUCAACAAUGGCACAAUAGAGUGUCCGGCUAGCUAAGAAAGAAGCAAAGAAGACUCAGUAAAAAGCUGGUUUGAGUUUUUUGUAACAAUUGUAAAACCUGAAUAAAACGUGUAGUUGUCUGAGAA